AGUUAAGCAAAAAACAUCUCAAACUACUAAUCUUUUCAUUUCUAAUCUUAAAAUGGCAUUCAACUUCGCAAUCUUAGUUUUAGCAGCACUUGUCCUUCUUGUGGUUAGUGCAUGGGGUCUUUUGGCUUACAAAAAGAAGAGAUUUUGCAUAUGUUGUAAUAAUCCAGCCGAUUUCCAGCCAACCGUAAAAGGAGAAGAUGGAACCGAGCAACCUCAAUUUUCAGCACUAUCAAUGGCAUUUUAUGACGGUGUUGGUGGCAUGCUUGGUAAUUCGGUCAAUCCAAAGAAAGUUAUUAAGAAGGAUAAAGCUGACAGAGAAGCAGAAGAUGCUGAAAAUGCUGAAGAAGGAACGUCGAGUUUUAGUAAAGACCCAAAUGAUGCUCCAGUCAAAAUUCAUAUCACGCCCAGCUCUACUUCGACCAUAUUCAUUGAACUAUUUUGUCCAGCUCUAGUCAAAAUUCAUACCACGCCCAGCUCUACUUCGAUCAUAUUCAUCGAUUUUUUUUGCCCAGAUCUAGUCAAAAUUCAUACCACACCCAGCUCUACUUCGACCAUAUUCAUCAAACUUUUUUUGCCCAGCUCUAGUCAAAAUUCAUACCACGCCCAGCUCUACUUCGACCAUAUUCAUCAAACUUUUUUGCCCAGCUCUAGUCAAAAUUCAUACCACGCCCAGCUCUACUUCGAUCAUAUUCAUCAAACUUUUUUGCCCAGCUCUAGUCAAAAUUCAUACCACGCCCAGCUCUACUUCGACCAUAUUCAUCGAACUUUGAUCAGGAAUCCCACUAUUCACAUAUCUCCAUCUACCUUCGUGCUCUAA